CCUAGUUCAGUGUGAGCCUGAAACACGCCAAAUUCACAAAGGGACCGACUCAACCCCAGCCAGACACUGGCAAAUAGUUUGCCAUUUAUGCCUCCGCCGCACUGCCUGAAUCCUCAGAUACACCCUCCGGAUUGAUAAGAGAGUGUUGGCUCCAACCCAGCAGUAUUUGCCUCUGUCACUACUGCGCAGAAGUUCCCCGGGCUGGUUGGUCCUCACUCCGGUCUCUGGACUGAUGGUCUCGGUGCCACGCUGAUCAUCAGUCGUCCGACCACCAUAGCGCCAGCCACACAAUACCGCGCGUCCUGUUUCUCCCGUUAGAAUUCUUUUACAGUGCUCACACUUGGUGUUCUACGGGACAUCUUCAUCGAUCCGGUUCAUGCCUGCCCUAUGUCCCAAUCCUCGCAUCGCUCGAGAGCACCCAGCCGGAGCCUAAACGGUGUACGAAAUGGAGGCAGAAGAUCCCGCGACUCUUCCAGGACGCGCGGAAAGUCCAUAGAUGCAAAUGAGGCAUAUCUAUACGCUCUACGAGUGGCCUAUCUCUCCUACCUCCUCCAACCUCGCACGACCCGCAAGAGACAUGUGGAAACCAGACCGGCCGUCCACCGCUCGACGACGUCUCACUCAUUCCACGAAUUGAUGAAUGAUUUCUCCGUCGUGCGAGACUCGAAGAGCACACGCUACCCUCAUGAUUUUAUCAAGGAACUGGAAAAGAGGUUGAAAGGCAUUCUGGUAGGAACGGAGCGGCGGCCGGAAUAUCAUGAUGCUUUGGUUAAGCGGAUAUUUGCCAUUUUUCUCAAUACCCUGUCAGACCCGGCGUUCAAGAAGCGCAUGGAGGCCGACAGACGAGCCGAGGAUCUGGUUCUGAUAUUCUUCUCAAAUGCCACAAAGGAGCUGCAGAAGGGGAAGCCUCCGGGAGAUGAAGGAGUCAAGCGCAUGGUUGACCGCCAUGUUGCACUAUUCGUUCGUCUCCUAAGUCUCAUCCUGAAGGACCGCGACUGGGCUAGAGACAAGCCCGAACUGGCGAGUCGGCUGCAGACUCUAGAGUCCAAGUUGCUGAAGGGAGACGACAAUCUGGCCACCUCACAGACAAAUGGGCCUUUGACUGUCGUCGAGGAAGUGGUUCCGUUGACUUACAAUGUCAAGGACAUGCCGCUCGUCCAGGUAGUCGGGCAGAUCUUUGGUUUGACCAAUACUAUGAUGCAGUCCGACAUCAAUAAGUAUAAGCCUGUGUGGACGGAAAAGGCAGCACUUCAGGAUCUGAAAACCUACCAACAGCACCUCAAUCUCGGCACAAGUCUGACCUUGAAUGCCAAUGAUUUCGAUACCCAGGAGGCGUAUGAGUCUUGGAAGAAAAGUGAGGGGCCUGAACUUUCGCAGCUCAUGCUAGCCAUUGUUCAAUCAAACCCAGAACUGGCGAAGAGCACUCCCGGUGGCAAUCUUCCCCAGUUCAACUCUCACGCUACCCCAACCAGUCCUGUAGACUCUCAGUAUGCGGAGGUCUCGAGAGUGCUUUCCCAUCAGUCUCACUCUUCUUCCUACGUCCUGGAUCUGCCGGCAGAUCUAGGCUCUCUCGAUUUGAAUGCGGCCGAAUCACCACAACAUACCGAAAACGCCGCACAGAUCUAUACUUUUAUACCUUCUGAUCCUCGAGCUAUGUUUCGGUUUAUCAUGCUCCUAGCUCUUUCUCACGACCUUAACGAUAAGACGAAUGAUGGAGGCCAACUGCUCUCCAAGAAGACCACGGAGUUGCUGAAUGAAAUUGCACUGAGAUGGCGGAUACCCAAAUUCACUCGCGUUGUUUUGUUUCUGGAUGUUAUUCGCGAAAAAUUCGUUGAGCAGGCCAUCGGUUUGGAGAAGCUGGAUGAGGCUUUCAAUUAUGUCAAGGACCCUCCCCAGGAAGACCCCAAAAAUAAAAGGAGUUCCUUCAUCAUGUGCCCAGCAGUCCAAGAUCGAUACAACUGGACCAUUGCCGACUUUGCUUUGAUGGGGAAGGUGCUUGGAACAUUACACGAAACCCUACUUCGGGAUCUUUAUGAGGCAAUCAUGACCGCCUAUGCUGACAAAGCUGAUUUGCAGAGGGUUGGCGCUGUCAUGGCCAUUAUCGACGAGCACGUUCAGAGCGACCCCAACUUCACACAGAAUCGCGAGGAGUUCCAGAACUUCAAAAACGCAGCUAUCGAUGGAUUGGCUGCUGAAGCUCAACGCAUCUAUGACGAGCUGCUGGAUCGUGAAUUACCUCGAGAGAAUGAGAAAUGGGAGUUCUACCACAUACAACAAGUGGCCAAAGCAGUGUUAAAAUUGGCUGAAAGAGUGCAGAAAAGGUUCAGAAAGAACCCAGAAAUUCUGGGUAUUAACCCAUUGAUGGUUCUGUUGAACUGCACGCUACCGGCAUUUGCAGAAGAUUCCAAGGCUAUGGUGGAGCAGAUCUUGAAUACUGCACAGAGAGACGGCUUCGAAGUUGCCAUCCAGGAUGGGUUCGACCUGUAUAAGGAACUGAGCGAAUUCCGUCGUGUCCACAUGGAAGCAUUGCCUCACGUGCCAUUUCCGUACAAGAUUGAACACUUGAUGGCAGACUUCGUCUGGCGGUGGAUCAAGAUCACCGAAGAACAAGUGAUCGGGUGGGUCGAGAACGCCGUGAAGCAGGACAAUUUUAUGGUCAGGACGCAACAUCCAGGUCAAGUUCCAACAGAAGACGAGCGUCACUCAACGUCAGUCAUCGACAUCUACAGCUCGUUUAGCCAAGUCAUUGACCAGGUCAGCCAGCUGAAUUGGGAUGAUGAUCUGACCUACGCGAAAUUCAUGACUGCGCUAUCUAAAGCUCUUGGGCGGGGAAUUGCGAGAUAUUGCGAGCUUCUGGACCAGAUGUUCAGCAGGGAAAUGGAUAGGUUGACACCUGAACAAGAGGCUGCGGCUACCAUGACACGGCAGGAGAAAUGGGUACAACUUGCCAAGGAUACUUGGAACAACAAGGAGCGAGUCGAGCCGUUUCAAUUCUAUCCCGAGUCAUUUGUCAAACUCAACAACAUCUCCUUUGCGAUCCAGGAGUGGGACAAACUCGAGUCUGAGGUCAACGUCGAUGCUUGUGCCGAAGUGAUCAAGAAGAAUACUCCACCAGCGCCUCAACGACCUCGCAAGACGUCGAAUUACGUCUUCACAAUUAAGAUAGUUGAAGCAGAAGACCUCAAAGCCUGUGAUGUCAACGGCUUCAGCGAUCCAUAUGUUGUGUUGACGGACGAGUAUCAGAAGCGACUGUUCAAGAGCAGGAUAGUGUACCGCAACCUCAACCCCCGAUGGGACGAGUCCGUGGAUAUCACAACGCAAGGGCCCUUGAAUCUCAUUGCAACGAUUUGGGACUGGGAUGCAGUUGGUGAUCAUGAUUACGUGGGCCGAACCUCCCUGAAGCUGGAUCCGUCCCAUUUCAGUGACUUUCUUCCUCGUGAAUACUGGCUUGACCUAGAUACGCAGGGCAGGGUCAUGAUCCGUGUUAGCAUGGAAGGCGAGCGAGACGAUAUCCAAUUCUAUUUCGGGAAGGCGUUUAGAAAUCUGCAACGGACCCAACGGGACAUGACUCGCAAGAUCACUGACAAGCUCUCCGCUUACAUCAGUCACUGCCUUUCUCGCCGAGCUUUGAGGUCUUUGCUCAACCGAGGGAUUUCCAUUUCCAGCGUGUCAUCAUACUUUAAUCGAAACCGAGCAUCUGCAGCAAUGACUACAGCAAUGCCGACGGAUGCCGAGAUCGUCAACGCGUUGAAACCGUUAUUCGACUAUUUUGACGACAAUUUCGCGAUCAUGCAACAGGCCCUGACGUCCGAUGCAAUGAAAGCUGUCAUGACGCGGAUCUGGAAAGAGGUCCUCGUUACCAUUGAAGGGCUGCUCGUCCCUCCUCUUUCUGAUAAACCAUCCCAACAGAAGGCCUUGAGUCAGCAAGAACUCGACGUUGUUUUCAAAUGGCUGCAAAGUCUGUUAGAAUUCUUCAACGCCGUUGACGAGGACACCGGGGAAGCAAACGGGGUGCCAUUGAACAUUCUGAAGAACCCCAAAUAUCACGAGUUGCAAAUGCUCAACUUUUUCUACUUUGAGCCCACGGAAAGCCUGAUCCGCGAAUCAGAGAGGAUGGCUUCGGCCACCGCAGCCAACCAGCAAUUGCAGCGCACCCGUCUCUCCGCUCCUGCUAAUCUAGGCGCCGUGGGCGGAGGCGGGUUGCUGAAUGCCGGUAACCCGGCCGGUGGUCGACGUGCUAAGAGCAUCAUGUUGAGCCGCAAUCUGGGGACCAUGCGCAAGGCUAAAGAAGAGAAAUGGAAGGCCGCCCAAGCCGAACCCAAUGAUGACAUGAUCCUACGUAUUCUCAGGAUGCGGCCUGAAGCAGCCAGUUAUCUACGAGACCGGUCCCGACAGAAAGAACGGCUCGCUGCGGCGGCCGCUGCGGAGAUGAUCGUCCGACAGAGUCUGCUUGCGGGCGGAGGGCGGAUGACGGGACCAAGUGUGGUCAGGAGGUAGUGUACAUCAUCUGGCAACUGCGUUUGGAGGAUGGACCGGCUGAGACGGAAAGAGAGAAUAGCACGGGCAUUGAACUUGCAGCAGGAUUUCUUUUGGACGUCGUGUCCCGCAGAGGGACUAUUUGGCUCCCCAAGCCCCCUCGCUGCACAUCUGGGGAGGAUCAUUAAUUAAGCAGGAGCAUGGAUGGAGCACUGGUAACGUAACAUGAUGCGACGAUAGCUAUGAAUAUGCAUGGAUGAGGAUAUGCGAGUGGCUGAUAUGAUCUGGAGCAGAGAUGCUCUGGGCCUGAGAUAUGGCAUAACACUAGCAGGUGGACCUUUACAUUCAGCGAAGUUCUCAGUUCAACCACGGGUAGGAUGGAAAGUAGUGGCCGAGUGGUUUGUCACCAGCGUUACACAGUAUACUCGCGUUGAUGUUUGAGAAAAGGCCAUCUCUGUCACCAUUUAUUACUCGCUAUGUUCCGAUUUGCAGUAUUUGUGAAAAUGGUGUACUGCGUCGCCGCUUUAAGAGACGAGAAGACUGGCAUCAACAACGGCUCACAUGCCUAAUUUGACAGAGCACGUUACCCUUUGCAUAGGAGGAUGUGACAGGUACAUUGUAUAGCACCCAGUACACUGCAUGAAGGAAUUACGACAACGUUAUACCUAC